AUUCCAACUACAUUGCCUUUGCUUCCUUCGAACUGGCGUGAACCAAAGCCAAGGGGCUUUGGCUUUGGUCCUUCGCUAGGGUUUGGGAUUCACCAUUUCCCAUUUCGUAGCUUCUACGCUUUCUAUGAUCACCCUCUUACUCCUACAAAUUCCCAUCGUCUUGUUCCCUUGCUUCUACACUUUUUAAAUUCAAAGUUACUUAUAGGAAACAAAACCGAAAUAGGGGAAUUCAAUGCAGCUGUUUUUUAUGGGUUUCAUGUGAUCUCUGUGGUUCUGCUCCAGUUCACUGAGGAUCUUGAGGGGGCUUUCGUCAAGGGCUGCUGUUCUGUAACAAUGCCUUCUACAGAUAAUCAGAGCUCUUCUUCGUCGUUUUCCUCGUUUGGCCGUUCAAUAUUUGGUGUCAGGCAGGAGCAGGUUCAUUCUGUGGAAGCAGGUCAUGAAUCUGAUUCCUGUAAUUUGGAACUUGGAUCAUUCCAAAAGCGUGUUACAGAUCGGUUUCACGAGCUUUCCAUGGCUAGUGAUGAUGAAUUGCUCACAAUUGAUUGGAUGCACAAGCUCCUCAGUGCAUUUAUCAGCUGCCAAGAGGAAUUCAGAGUCAUUCUGUUGAAUAAUAAAGAGCAUGUCACGAAAUCCCCCUUGGAUCGUAUGAUUUCUGAAUUCUUUGAGAGGUCAGUGAAGGCACUUGACAUUUGUAAUGCAAGCCGUGAUGGGGUUGAGAAGAUUCGCACGUGGCAAAAGCAUCUGGAAAUUGUUUUUUGUGCCUUGAGUUCGAAUAAGAGGGCAUUGACUGAAGGCCAGUUUCGUAGGGCAAGAAAGGCACUGAUGGAUUUAGCAUUGGCAAUGCUUGAUGAGAAGGACUCUGGAUCGGUUUUUUCUCAACGUAAUAGAUCUUUUGGGCGACAUAACUCUAGCAAGGAUCAUCACUCAGCAGGGCAUUCAAGAUCACAUUCAUGGAGUGUCUCUCGCUCCUGGUCUGCAGCCAAGCAACUACAGUCCAUUGCAAAUAACCUGGUUCCACCGCGUGCAACUGAGAUCGCUGCAACAAGCAGGCUUGCAAUUCCUGUUUAUACAAUGAACUGUAUUCUCCUUUUAGUCUUGUGGAUCCUUGUUGCAGCCAUUCCUUGUCAGGAUAGGGGCCUAAACAUUCAUUUUUCAGUCCCACGCCAAUUAUCCUGGAGCACUGCAGUUACCUUACUUCAUGAAAGGAUCAUGGAGGAGUCAAAGAAGCGAGAGCGCCGGAACUCAAAUGGUUUGUUGAAGGAGAUUUAUCAAGUUGAGACAAGCAGCCGCCACCUGACCGAUGUGAUAGAUUCUGCUCAGUUUCCAUUGACAGAGGAGCUGAAAAUGGAGGUUGAACGGGAUUUGAAGGAGCUAACACAAGUUUGUGAAGCUUUUAAAAAUGGAUUGGAUCCAUUGGAGCGCCAAGUGAGGGAGGCUUUCCGGAAGAUAAUGGCAUGCCGAACUGAGGGGCUUGAUUGCCUCGGCACGUCAAACUAUACAGAACAAUGAAAAUGGUGGGUUGUUGAUGAGCUAUCAGAUGUACAAAUUUGCGGAACAUGUACAUUUUCCAUCUUACCAGCUUUUUUGAGAGGAGGAAUGACUAGGCGAGAUUAGCAGAAAAAUCAUUUUACUCUCUUGUAAUGCAUUGUAUUAAUCUCAGUAUUUGUGUAAAAAAAUUAUGGUAAGGUUACUUGUUAAAUAUUGCAUGGUUUUCGCUUAAUUAUAUAGUGGUUGCUCGCACGUACGGUAAUGUUUGAAGGCCUUUCUAUUCUCACCUUCAUUGUAAUUCCACCAAAUUUCCAUAUUAAUAUGCGAGCUUAACAUAUUUUAAGUUUAUUGCAAG